GGUGGGUGAGUGGGUGGGUAAAAGACGAAUGCUACUCUGUUUCUUUCAAGGCGAGAGUUUUCUGUUCCGUUUCAACCAACAGUAUUUGUAAAGAGAAACAAGGGAGAGCCUUUUUUGUUUGAUCUUUUCUUUUUAUAAGGACUCGUGCUCUAGCAUGCGAACCAUUGGAGAACAUCAUGAAGACCAAGCUUGAUGUGAACUCUGAAGAAGCUCAAAAUAAGAAGGAGAGGCAUAUAGUCUCCUGGUCACAAGAGGAAGAUGACAUCCUACGUGACCAAAUUCGAACCCAUGGAACUGAAAAUUGGACAAUCAUUGCUUCCAAAUUCAAGGAUAAAACCACCAGACAAUGCAGAAGAAGAUGGUACACUUAUUUGAAUUCUGAUUUCAAAAAAGGUGGAUGGUCUCCAGAGGAAGACAUGCUUUUGUGUGAGGCUCAGAAGAUAUUUGGCAAUAGAUGGACGGAGAUUGCAAAGGUGGUUUCAGGCAGAACCGAUAAUGCUGUGAAGAAUCGAUUUUCUACAUUGUGCAAGAAGAGGGCAAAACACGAGGCCUUAGCAAAAGAGAAUGAUAAUUCACGCAUCAAUUCAAACAAGAAAAGAGUUGCAUCAAAUAGGUCAAGUACCACCAGUGUACUAGAAAAUGCAUCAUCUUCGAAGAAAAUUAGGAGAGACGUGUCAGAUUCAACAGAAAGCCAUAGCCAGGGGGAAAUGUCACAGAAUGAUGUCGAAUUGAAAAUAAAUCCAAAGCAAAGGCCUCCAUUUUCUGUGCUUGUUCAAAAUAUUCACAGUCUGGUAGAGUUUCCAGUGCCUGCAGAACUUCAUACAAACAUAGCUGGGAAUGACAAGGUUCAAGAAACAUUUCUCAAAAGGGACGAUCCAAGAAUAAUAGCUUUGAUACAACAAGCAGAAUUGCUUAGUUCCCUUGCAGCCAAAGUUAAUGAGGUGAACACAGAACAGAGCCUUGAAAAUGCAUGGAAGGUUGUUCAGGAGUUUCUAAACCAGGGAAAAGGAGAUGACCAUGUCAACAUUAAACUCUCAGAUGUGCAAUUUCAACUUGACAGUUUUAAAGAGACAAUAGAAGACUUAAGGAGCAGUAAUGAGGACUGUCUGCUAUCUUGGAGGCAAACUGAUUUACAUGAGGAGUCAUCAGGCAGCUCUGAAUACAGCUCUGGAUCAACGAUUCCAUCCCAACCUCUAGGUGAUCUGACGGAGACAGGAGUUAGCUGCACCAAGCCUAGUGCAGCCAAUGAGGAUAACAUGCCCAGUUCUGAGGUAUUUAUUGGAGAAGAGAAACAAUGUCUUGGUGGAAGUGAAACUGAAGUGCAGUGUUUUGGAAACGUUAAUGGAGAUAUAUUACCAACUGGCAAUGAAGUGAAAGGUCACGAUGGAGUGAUUUCUUCCUUUACAAACACAGAAUUCAGGUCUCCUCUUCACGUAACACCGAUUUUCAAAGCACUAUCAGCUGGGAUUCCCAGUCCGAAGUUUUCAGAAAGUGAAAGACAAUUCUUGCUGAGAACACUUGGACUGGAGUCCCCGUCUGCAAAUCCAAGCACCAUACCACCUCAAAUCCCAACCUGCAAAAGGGCUCUACUCCAAAGUCUAUGAUCUAAUAUCUUAUGUAUGGAAUUCUACAGGGUUUGCUUCAAAUAUGCCUGUCGGUCUAGAGUUUUCGGCAUUUGCAGCUUCACUAAACUUCUUGGAUCAUCUCAGUCCUUCUGUUUUUUGGAAAGGUCUGCGCAACAGUCUAGAAUGUUAUGGCACAUUCUAGUUAUACCUGACAGAUAUUAACUUUAUUUUCAGGUUUUUUCUUUCUUUCUUUUCGGGUGUCAAUCUUAGAGCCGCAAGUAGUAGUGCUCACCAUUUGAGUGUGCUUUAUAGUGUGUCCUUUGAUUUUUUCAUUCUUAUAUUGGGAUUAGGAUUGUGGGUUUUCCUUCUCCCAUCAGAAUUGUUCUAGAUUGGUUUUAAUUUAUUUUUGUACAGACUAUAUGAUGUAUACUUCCAUAAUCAUGGAAAUGUAACUACAUGACCCUUCCGAAGGACGGAAGGGUUAUGAAGAUAGAUGGAGCAGAAGAGGGGGGGUUAGGAUGACAACUUGAUGAAUUGGAAUCCUAAAAUUCUGCUUGUUUUAUGUGUGCAGAAGGUAUAGAAUAAUUUUCUGUUGUGUUUUUUACUUUUCUUUUCAUUCCUUGAAAAGAAAACAUGUUAUGAUCAUGUAAUGGAACUGCUGAUGUUGCUGUAAUACGACUGGAUUGUAGAAUUUUAUAUGGGUUUUCUUUUAAGUUGUGUUUUCAACAA